AUGCUGAUGUCAUAUGGGCAGGACUCAUCUGUGCUUAUAAAGCGGGCUAGGUUUGAGCUCCUCUACUUCUCUGCCUGUGCUGCUGCAGACGGCAUGGUGCUGAACGCCACCUGGGGGCCAGAGCCGGAGGGGGUGGACCUGAGUUAUCAGGUGGUCACGUCUGUCCUGUUGGGGGCGCUGAUCCUGUGUGCGAUCAUAGGAAAUGCCUGUGUGGUGGCGGCCAUCGUGCUGGAGCGCUCUUUGCAGACCGUGGGGAACUUCCUGAUUGGCUCUCUGGCUGUCACUGACCUGAUGGUGUCCGUGCUGGUGCUGCCCAUGGCGGCUCUGUACCAGGUGUUGGACCGCUGGACCCUGGGCCCGUUCGUCUGUCAUGUCUUUGUUUCUCUGGACGUCCUGUGCUGUACCUCCUCCAUCCUGCACCUGAGCGCCAUCGCCCUGGAUCGAUACUGGGCCAUAGUCACACCCCUGCACCACCUGCGCCGCACCCCCCGCCGUGCCGCCGCCCUCAUCGGCACCACCUGGCUAGUCAGCUUUUCGGUCUCAGUGCCUCCCAUGCUGGUCAUGCGCAGCCAGCCGCGGAGCCUGGCCCACGACCGUGCCAACCCGCGCCAGUGUCGCAUAUGGCAGGACCCCUGGUACACGGUGUACUCCACCUUCGGGGCCUUCUACAUCCCCCUGGCCCUCAUGUUAGUACUUUAUGGCCGAAUAUUCAAAGCAGCACGCUUUCGCAUCCGCAGGAGCGCACGCAAAGCCGAGAGGAACAAGGUGUCGGACUCCCGGCCCGCUCCAUCACCCCGGCUUAUACCUUCACACUGCAUACGGAGCUGCAGCCGCGUGGAGCCGCUCAACAGUACAGUGCCCCCUGCUGACGAGGAGUCUCUGGAGAUCGUGGAGGCGACGGGUUCCAAACCCCACCCCCUGCCCUUCCAUAGUCCCCGCCCACUGUUCCAGCCCCACAGCCAGAGCAGCGAGGCCAAGAGGAAGCUGGCCCUUGCCCGAGAAAGGAAGGCUGUCAAGACCCUGGGAGUGAUCAUGGGCACCUUCAUCCUGUGCUGGCUGCCCUUCUUCAUUGUGGCCCUGGUCAUGCCUUUCUGCCAACGCUGCUCCAUGCCCCGCUGGCUACAGGACGUUAUCAACUGGCUGGGCUACUCCAACUCCCUGCUCAACCCCCUCAUCUAUGCCUUCUGCAACAAGGACUUCAGACGUGCCUUCAGCAAGAUCCUGCACUGCCGUUACUGUGCACCCUGA